GGAGGAAGGGAGGACUGGUGUGAUGUAUAUAGACCUUCUCCCUUCUGACGUGGGGCUGACACUCUGCUGUGUGGCUUGGCCUACCUCCCUUCCUCUUGCAUAUUCAUGGCUGGAGGACCUCUGGGGGCAGAGAGAAGGUCACAGCCAUUGGAUGCUCACAGACUCAGGACUCUGGGAUCAGCUGUGAGCUCCGGCUGCUCCUGUUGACUGAGAGAGGGGGGGGUGAGUGAGAAACGAGCAAAGGCUCACUCAGGCAGUUUCUCUCUGUGCAAAGAGUCAAGAGAGCCAUUUAGCACAGCUCAAGCGAGGCCUGGGAUUUCAAAAACGCCACAACCCCUUCUGCCCCCGCUGCUAGACCCCGCGAUGGAAGGAAAGCUGAACGGAGGAGGGAAGACUUAACGGGACACACAUGCGCACAGGGCUCUGCGCAUGGAUGGAAGGCGAAGAAAGAGAGGCGCUGGAUUUCUAAGACACACUAUGGAACUGCCUGCUGAGUUGCUGCCGCUUGCUCCUUUCUAACAGCAGAACAAAGGCGGGAGAGACAAGAGACGGGGAGGAAGGAGCCGGGAGACAAGCAUCAGGACAGUGUGUGUGACAGAGAAAGAAAGAAAUGGCCUCCUCCCAAACAUCCCCAGCUUCUUCAAUAGGAGACGGGGCCGCACAGGGUAGUCUGGAGACCCCGACGGAGGGGGAAGACGACGGAGGUGAAGCCUUUGACUUUGAAGACAGCGAGGACGAGGACAGUGCCCGGCCGGUGGUCAGCAAUGCCAGGACGGAGCUGGGCAUCCCAGGAGCCGUGCAAGGCCCACCCCAGAGGCGGAGAUCCAGCAUCAGUGACGACCUUGAGCCCUUGGACAACUGGGGUGCCGAGGAAGCCCUCCUAGAGGGGCGGGUCCCACUGACCCAGUCGGACUCCGCCACAAAUCUUGAUCACUUGGGCUCACAGACGCAGUCAGAGUUUCUGGGCGCCGUCAGCAAUGGCGAUGUGGUGGGGAGUGCACAGGCCAGGACCCACAGCUGGAAGAGGAGGAGCUCUCGGAGAGAUGAUCACUUUAAUUCCCCAGCCCCGGAAGAGGACGUGAUCUAUGACGAUGUUCCGUAUGAAAACGUGGACUCGAAUCAGUGUGAUUCUGACAGAAAUCUCAUCUAUGAAGAUGUCCACCAAGACCAGGCUCAGGAAACCGAAGAUCUAGGCUGGAGUUCCAGCGAGUUUGAAAGCUACAGCGAGGGCUCUGGGGAGGAGAACAAGCCCGAGGCUGAACCUGCUAAGCCAAAAGUGUCCUUCCAGCCAAAGAUGACGCAGCUGAUGAAAGCGGCAAAGAGCGGCACUAAGGAUGGUUUGGAGAAGACCAAGAUAGCUGUCAUGAGGACCUUCUUGCAUAAGAAAGAAGUCCCAGGGGAUGGAGAGCCUUGCAGGAGUGCACCGGAGGUGGGACGGAAGCGCUCUUUAUCCUGGACUGGGGAACUCUCCAAGGCCCACAAGCUGUACUCGGAGAGAGGUGAUUCUGAAGAGGAGGAAAUGGGAUUCUUGGAGGUCCCUGUGACUGAUAUGAAACACCUGCUUCCCGAGUUGGGCCCAAUGCCUGAAGGAUUAAGCCCUCAGCAGGUCGUGCGCCGUCACAUUCUGGGCUCCAUCGUCCAGAGCGAGAGAAGCUACGUCGACUCCUUGAGGCGGAUCUUGCAGGAUUACAGGAAUCCUCUGGUGGAGAUGGAACCCAAAGUUCUCAGCAUCCGGAAAUGCCAGGUGGUCUUCUUCCGGGUCAAGGAGAUCCUCCAGUGCCACUCCAUGUUCCAGAUUGCCUUGUCGUCACGUGUGGCUGAGUGGGACACAACAGAGAAAAUUGGUGACCUCUUUGUGGCCUCGUUUUCCAAGUCGAUGGUGCUGGAUGUGUACAGCGAAUACGUCAACAACUUCACCACUGCCAUGUCCUUGAUCAAGAAGGCCUGCCUCACCAAGCCUGCCUUCCUCGAGUUCCUCAAGAAGAGGCAGAUGGGGAGUGCUGACCGGGUGACCCUCUACGGCUUGAUGGUGAAGCCCAUCCAGAGAUUCCCCCAGUUCAUUCUUCUGCUCCAGGACAUGCUGAAGAACACCCCGAAAGGCCACGCGGACCGGCUCUCGCUCCAGCUGGCCCUCACCGAGCUGGAGACCUUGGCGGAGAAGCUGAACGAGCAGAAGCGGCUGGCUGACCAGGUGGCCGAGAUCCAGCAGCUGACCAGGAGCGCCAGUGACCGGAGCAGCAUCAACAAGUUGUUAAGUUCAGGGCAGCGCCAGCUCUUGCUUUGUGAGACCCUGACGGAGACGGUUUAUGGUGACCGGGGGCAACUCAUCAAAUCCAAGGAGCGGAAGGUGUUCCUGUUGAAUGACAUGCUGGUGUGCGCCAACAUCAACUUCAAGCCAAUGAAUUCCAGGGGGCAACUGGAAAUCAGUAGCCUCGUCCCGCUGGGCCCCAAGUACAUUGUGAAAUGGAAUGCCGCUCUGCCACACGUCCAGGUUGUGGAAGUCGGGCAGGAGAGCAGCGCCCAGGAGAAAGACAAUAUCGUCAUCUCGAACGUCGGGUCCAAAAAACACAUGCCAACGAGCCAGUCUUCACACAAUAAAGUCUACUUGGGUCCCCCUCGUCUGUUCCAGGAACUUCAAGAUCUCCAGAAGGAUCUGGCUGUGGUGGAACAGAUAACGCUUCUUAUCAGUACACUCCACGGCACGUACCAGAACCUGAACAUGACCGUCGCUCAGGACUGGUGCUUAGCUCUGCAGAGGCUGAUGAGGGUCAAGGAGGAAGAGAUCCAUUCUGCCAACAAGUGCCGCCUCCGCCUCCUGCUCCCGGGGAAGCCAGACAAGUCCGGCCGCCCCAUCAGCGUGAUGGUGGUCUUCAUCACCCCCAACCCCCUCAGCAAAAUCUCCUGGGUGAAUCGCCUGCACUUGGCCAAAAUUGCCCUCCGGGAGGAAAACCAGCCCGGGUGGCUUUGUCCUGAGGAAGACAAGAAAAGCAAAGCUCCCUUCUGGUGCCCAAUCUUGGUUUCCCGCACCCCUGCAUUCUCUUCCAGGGCUCUUGACCUGCAGCUUGGCGCCGCCGUGCACAGCCCUGUCCAUUCCUCGUUGCUGGGUUUCUCUGCCAUCAGUACUUCCCUGCCGCAAGGCUAUCUCUGGGUUGGGGGAGGCCAGGAGGGUGCCGGGGGCCAAGUGGAAAUCUUUUCCCUGAACCGGGCAGUGCCCCGCACAGUGAAGUCAUUUCCAGUAGCCUCGCAGGUCCUUUGCUCGGAAUACAUUCCGGAGAGGAGUGAAGAGGAGAGGGCUGAUGAUUCGGAAAUGGCUGCCGACCAACCCUUGCAGGCGCAGCCAGUGAUCUGCCUCGGGCUACAGGAUGGCAGUAUCCUGGUUUAUGGAAGUGUGGACACAGGGACGCAGUGUUUGCUGACUGUCAAGAGCCCUGGCCGCCAUCCCGUUCUCUGCUUGAAGCACAACCCUGGCCACCUCUUUGCUGGCCUGCAGAAUGGAGCCAUAGCUGUGUAUGGAAGAACCAGCGGGGGGCUCUGGGACCCGGAAGCUGAGCCUACCUGCCUGACGGUGGGGCUGGCACCUGUGCGGACUCUGCUGACCUUGGAUGAUGCCAUCUGGGCCAGCUGCGGCAACCAGGUCACUGUGUUUGAUGCGGCCACCCUGAAAGCGCAGCAAACCUUUGAGGCCCAUCCAGAGGAAGAGGCGAGCGUCACACACAUGAUCAAGGCUGGCAGCGGCGUCUGGAUGGCUUUCUUCUCCGGCUCUUCUGUCCGACUCUUCCACACUGAAACACUUGAACAUCUGCAGGAAAUCAACAUUGCAACGCGGACCAUGUUUGCCCUGCCAGGCCAGAAGAACGUCCGUGUCACCAGCCUCCUGAUUUGCCAGGGCCUUCUCUGGGUUGGCACUGACCAAGGCAUUUUGGUCCUUUUGCCUGUCCCCAGGUUGGAGGGGAUCCCCAAGAUCACAGGGAAAGGCAUGGUCUCCCUCAAUGGCCACUGUGGCCCGGUGGAAUUCUUGGCUGUUGCCCUCAGCACCCUGGCGCCGGACAUCCUCAAGAGCGACAAGGAGGAGGAUCCGGUGGCGGAGCCCCCGUCCAGCAAAGACGAGAAGUCGGAAGGCCGGUUGGCAGAUCUGACUUCCCAGAACAGCCCACCAAUGAGGGAGCUUCGGAAAAAAGGCAUCCUUCUGCAGUACCGCCUGCGAUCCACCUCUCACCUCCCUGGGCAGCUGCUCUCGGUGAGGGAGGCGCCUUCUGCUGCCGGUGGGAGCACUUUUGAACACACGGAGGAGGAUGGCUCCGUCUAUGAAAUGGCCGAUGACCCCGAUAUCUGGGUCCACAACCGGCCAUGUGCCCGGGACACUCACCGCAAGGAGAUUUCCUCCUUGGCUGUGAUUUCUGGCGGGCGAGGGUACCGGAACUUCAACUCGAACGGCAAGCUGCCUGCCAGCAGUGAGACUGACAGCAUGCUGCUCGUCUGGCAGGUUCCGCUGAUGCUCUAAUGCCGGCUGUCGCUCUUUCCCUCUCUGCCGCUGGCCUGCCCUUCCUCCCACAAUGCCUUGCUUCAGAGGAGCCCCAGUGGCACGCUACACUGGAUUGGGCUUCCCAGAGCAUCGCCGGUGUUUUCUGGUGGGCUCAAGCCAUCCUAAAUCUCUUUGGAAAAGCGGCUUGCCUCCAAGAGGUUCACACCAUAUGCUUAAAGCACAUCCAAUGCACGCUUAAAGCAUGUGACUUCCCCCAAAGGAUCAGGGGAACUGUAGUUUGUUAAGGGUGCUGGGAAUUUGUAGCUCGGGGGGGGACCACAGUUCCCAGGAUUCUUUGGGGGAAGUCAUGCAUUUUAAAAGUGCUUUGGAGAUGCUUUAAAUGUACUGUGUGAAUCUGUGUCAGGCUUUUAACUCUCUCUUUUCCUGAUGCCCUUGAGUGUGUUCAGAGCACACUCUGUCCCCCGCCCCCCUCUUUUUUAAAAAGACUCGUUUUCGAGUGUCAAGAUCUCUUUUGCAUAGCCCUUUCUUCUUCCUGUUUUUCCUCCUUCAAAAAUGAGUUUGCGGUUUUUAAAAGGACUUUCCAGGUGGCAUAGGAAUCGUCUCCCUCCUUGCAGGCUUUGGAGGGGCCCAGGUUUUUUCCUACAUCCUGCUCUUCUCCCCUCCCCUCUCAGCCUCCAGAAAGCAGCACGAGGGUUUGCAUAUCCAAGUGUGAAUAUAUAUAUAUAUAUAUAUAAAAUAUAUUAAAAUUAUGUAUAUUAUUAAAUUGUAUAAAAUCAAAUCUGUAUAUACUGGGGGCAUCUUGAGAUGCCAAAAUAAAGGUGUUUAAACAAAA